AUGGCAUCAGAGAGGAAAAGGAACUGGAAUAAAGAAGAUGAUCUCCCUGUCUAUCUGGCCAGACCAGGGACCACUGCCCAGACCCCCAGGGUGAAGUAUGGGGGCAUGUUUGCUUCUGUAGAAGGGGCUUAUGAGAACAAGACUAUAGAUUUUGAUGCCUACAGUGUGGGCAAGAAGGGGACCAGAACCCCAAGGAGCAGCAGCAGGGCGGAUUUGGAUGGGGACAAUUUCAGUGAGACAGCCAGUGAUGUGAGUGAGAUCUCUGGAUCUGUCAUCAGCUCUCCUGGAGAAAGGGAAGACAGGACCCCAGGCAUUGAGAUCAAGUAUUCCGGUGGGAAGGAGCUGCUGCAGGGGCAGGACAAUGGCAAGAGUGACCGACUCCUCAUCAAAGGAGGAAGAAUCAUCAAUGAUGACCAGUCAUUCUACGCCGAUAUUUACCUCGAAGAUGGCCUUAUCAAACAAAUUGGAGAGAAUUUGAUUGUUCCUGGUGGAGUGAAGACCAUCGAAGCUAAUGGACGUAUGGUUAUUCCUGGUGGAAUUGACGUAAAUACGUAUCUUCAGAAGCCCUACUUGGGUAUGACGACACUUGACGAUUUCUACCAAGGAACUAAAGCCGCAGUAGCAGGAGGGACCACCAUGAUCAUUGACCAUGUGGUUCCCGACCCUGGAUCCAAUAUUUUGGCCUCAUUUGAAAAAUGGCAUGAGGUGGCCGAUACCAAAUCCUGUUGUGAUUACUCCCUCCACAUGGACAUCACCAGCUGGUACGAUGGGAUCCGAGAGGAGCUGGAUAUUCUGAUGCAAGACAAAGGUAUCAAUUCAUUCCAGAUAUACAUGGCCUACAAAGAUCUAUACCAAAUGACGGAUAGCCAGCUUUAUGAGAUCCUUACCUUCCUCAAGGGUCACGGUGCUGUAAUUAUGGUCCACGCCGAAAAUGGAGAUUUAAUAGCUCAGGAACAAAAACGGAUAUUAGAAAUGGGCAUAACUGGACCUGAAGGACACGCUCUGAGCCGACCCGAGGAGCUUGAAGCUGAGGCAGUAUUUCGAGCCAUUGCCAUAGCAAGCCAAAUCAACGCCCCUGUGUAUAUUACCAAAGUCAUGAGCAAGAGCUCUGCUGAUGUCAUCGCACAAGCCAGGAAGAAAGGUGCGUUAGUGUUUGGUGAGCCAAUUACGGCAAGUUUAGGAACAGAUGGAACCCAUUACUGGAGCAAAAAUUGGGCAAAAGCUGCAGCCUUUGUUACCUCCCCACCUCUCAGUCCAGAUCCUACCACACCUGACUACCUGAACACUAUGCUGGCAUGCGGAGAUCUACAAGUUACCGGAAGUGGACACUGCUCCUACAGCACGGCCCAGAAAGCCAUAGGAAAAGAUAACUUCACUCUUAUCCCUGAGGGUGUGAAUGGUAUCGAAGAAAGAAUGACGAUUGUUUGGGACAAGGCUGUGGCUUCUGGUAAGAUGGAUGAGAACCAGUUUGUCGCAGUCACUAGUACAAACGCUGCUAAAAUAUUCAACCUCUAUCCAAGAAAAGGGAGAAUAGCAGUCGGCUCUGAUGCCGAUGUGGUCAUUUGGGAUCCUGAUAAGAUGAAGACAAUUUCUGCAAAAAGCCACAAAUCGGCGGUGGAAUACAACAUUUUUGAAGGAAUGGAGUGCCAUGGAGCUCCACUUAUUGUUAUAAGCCAGGGAAAGAUUGUGUUUGAAGAUGGAAACCUGCACGCCAACCAAGGAAUGGGACGGUUUAUUCCCCGGAAACCCUUCCCAGAAUAUAUUUAUCAGCGCAUCAAGACAAGGAACAUGGUGAGCGGAUUGCAACCUGUGUCCCGCGGGAUGUAUGAUGGACCAGUGUAUGAAGUUCCAGACAUUCCAAAGUAUACAACCCCUGCCCCUUCUGCUAAAUCAUCACCCUCCAAACCCCAGCAGCCUCCACCCAUCAGGAAUCUUCAUCGGUCAAACUUCAGUUUAUCAGGUGCACAGAUUGACGAUAGUAACCCUCGCCGCACAGGACACCGUAUCGUUGCCCCACCAGGAGGUCGCUCAAACAUCACAAGCCUUGGCUGA